CUAUUUUGAUAUCUAUGAUUUAUUGGUUUAAGAGCUAUGAUCUCGUUGAAAAUGACAAGGGCAAGAAACGUAAAAUCCGCCUUUCCGCUGGACGUAAAAAAGCUAGGCCUUGUCCUUCCAUGCCUUCGCUGAACUCUAAACGUCCUCUGACAGACGGCGAGGUCAAAUGUGUAGAUCUAAUACAGUGAAUUCAGUGAGCAUGCUCCAAGUCACAGCUUCUCAAGGUCAUCGUUUUGUUGUUGUUAUUAUCAUCACUCAACAUUGUCUAGAUAAAAUCCAGAGCUGGACACUAUGAGUCAAUAUGAAGUCAUACCUCUUCUCGUGGGGUCCAUGAAAGUGAAUUUUGAAACUCAAACCCAGUUGCCAGAGUCUUCAUCAGCCACUUUACUGAAAGGGAAACACUUGGUAGUGAUAGAUACAGGGAGCCUUAGUGACCAAGAUAGCAUCUUAAAAGUCCUGGAGCAGCAAGCCAUGUCAGUGGGUGAUGUACAGUAUGUGGUGUGUACACAUAGCCAUGCUGAUCAUAAGGGCAACGCUGGAAUGUUUACAAAGGCCAAACUAAUUGAGCCACAAAGUUUAUACUCAACACAGUCUUUUCCUAUGAAACUUGAUGACAGCAUAGAAAUCAUCUCCACCCCUGGCCACACCGAUCAGGAUUUGACUGUGAUUGUACGAAACACUAAAGAAGGAACAGUGGCACUGACGGGUGAUCUGUUUAGUUGUAAAGAAGAUUUGACAUCUGAAUGGCUUUGGAGAGACUAUAGCCAGAAUCAAGUGAAUCAGGAGCAGAGCAGGAAAACAAUUCUCAGCAUUGCAGACUUUAUUGUGCCAGGGCAUGGACCCAUGUUUAAAGUUAUCAAGUAGUUCCAAAGACCAAUUAUCACUUAAAGUCAUAAUAACUCUUCAUUUUGGCCAAAAAUUGGAUUUUCCUGGAG